CAGAUUUGGGGGCCUGGCAGCACCUAUGGGAGGCCUGUAAUCUGCCAGCAACCUAUGACAAAAUGGAAAACAGCAGGAGUGUGAGGAGACCUCAAAGUGGCACAUGGCAGAGUGGGAGCAAUGGGGGGGGCGGUACAGGGACCCAUGUCACACUGUGGACCCAGCAGCAGCGUGACCAGGCGGUACGGGGGCCCAUGGCAGAUUACAGGCCUUGGCAGCAGCAAUGGGAGGCCCGUAAUCUGUCAGCACCCUAUGGCAAAAAUGGAACACACCAGCAGUGUGUGAGGAGACCUGAAAGUGGCACAUGGCAGAACAGCAGCAAUGGGAGGCCGUACAGGGACCCAUGAGAGACUCUGG